AGAUAAGGUCCCAAAACUAGUACAGUCUCUCUUUCAGUUUUCAUCUCGCCUGAAAGGAUCAGAUCAUGGCUACCACCCUUUCGAUCUCUCUUGAUGUCCAUCGCAUCAGACAGCAAACCCAAGAACCGAAGCGCCCAACUCAUUUCAAGUCUCCGAUGAUACAUCUCCCCACUAGACGACGAUUCAAACUCCACUGCGCCUCUUCCAAGACAUCCCCAAAACCUCCGCCUGAUUUAUCAGACACUCGCCCCCGAAAUCCGUCACUUUCCGACCAACUAAAGAGCAUUUCCACCACAACCACCGUCAUCACCGACGACCCACCACCUGAAACCCAACUCAAUAGGAACCCAAAAUCCACCUGGGUCAACCCCACCAGACCUAAGCCUUCUGUUCUCACCCUCAAUCGCCAGAAGAAAUCUCAGUAUUCAUACAACCCUCAAAUCAGAAGCCUCAAGCAAUUCGCUUUCAAGCUCAACGAAUGCGGUCCUUCCGAAGAAGCUUUCAUCGCAGCUCUAGCGGAAAUCCCUCAAGCCGUCACCAGAGACAGUGCACUUUUGUUACUCAACAACUUAAAACCAUGGCAGAAGACACUCAUUUUCUUCAAUUGGAUCAGGACCCAGAAGUUAUUUCCCAUGGAAACCAUCUUCUACAAUGUCGCGAUGAAGUCUUUAAGAUUCGGUAAGCAAUUUCAAACCAUAGAAGAACUUGCUUUCGACAUGAUUAAUACUGGUGUUGAACUUGAUAACAUUACUUAUUCCACCGUUAUAACUUCUGCAAAAAGAUGUGGGUUUUAUGACAAGGCUUUAGAAUGGUUCGAGAGAAUGUAUAAAACCGGAGUUAUGCCCGAUGAGGUUACAUACUCUUCUAUCUUAGACGUGUAUGCAAAAUUAGGCAAAGUAGAAGAUGUAAUGAGUUUUUACGACAGAGGAAAAGCAAGUGGGUGGAAACCCGACUCAAUGGCCUUCUCCAUUUUGGGAAAGAUGUUUGGCGAAACAGGGGAUUACGAUGGGAUUAGGUUUGUUUUAGAAGAGAUGAAGUCACUUGAUGUUAAGCCUAAUCUGGUUCUCUACAAUACCCUCUUGGAGGCAUUAGGUAAAGCUGGUAAACCAGGUUUAGCAAGAACCUUAUUCGAAGAAAUGGUUGAAUCAGGUGUGGAUCCGGAUGAGAAAACUCUAACAGCAUUGGUUAAGAUCUACGGAAAGGCGAGAUGGGGAAAAGACGCAUUGGAGUUGUGGGAGAGAAUGAGGUCAAACGGAUGGCCUAUGGAUUUCUUCCUUUACAAUACAUUGUUGGGCAUGUGCGCUGAUCUCGGAUUAGUUGAAGAAGGCGAGACCUUGUUUAAUGAGAUGAAGGGAUCGAGAACUUGCAAACUUGAUAGUUGGAGCUACACCGCUAUGCUUAAUAUAUAUGGAAGUGGAGGCAACCCGGAGAAAGCAAUGGAGGUAUUCGACGAAAUGUCAAAAUCCGGUAUUGACCUCAAUGUGAUGGGAUGCACUUGCUUGAUACAAUGCUUGGGGAGGGCUAAGAGAAUAGACGAUUUAGUUUCUGUAUUUGAGUUCUCGAUUAAGAAAGGAAUCAAACCGGACGACAGGCUUUGCGGCUGCUUGAUGUCUGUCGUAUCCUUCUUUAACGAACCAUCCGACAUCGAUAAAGUCCUUGUCUGCCUUCAGAAAGCUAACCAAGAACUAGCCGCCUUCAUAAGACUUCUGGAAGACGACGAAACGACAUUCGACGCUGUAAAAGAGAAAUUCAAGCAAAUCCUGACAGCCACAUCCGGGGAAUCGAGAAGACCAUUCUGCAACUGCUUGAUCGACAUAUGCAGGAAUCGUGGUGGCCUCCAUGAGAGGGCCCACGAGUUGUUGUAUUUGGGAACUAUGUUUGGAUUGUACCCCAGUAUGCAUAGCAAGAAUAAAGAAGAAUGGCACAUGAAUGUGCGGUCACUGUCUGUUGGUGCGGCUCUUACUGCGUUGGAGGAAUGGAUGCGGUCGGUGAAGAAGAUGGUGGAGAGGGGAGAAGAAGGGGCUUUGCCGGAGAUGUUCACAGCCAGUACCGGAGCUGGAACACAUAAAUUCUCGCAAGGUCUCGCCAAGGAAUUUGAUGAUCACGUGAAGAAGAUUGGUGUUCCGUUUAAGCAAGGUGAAGAUCAAGCUGGUUUGUUUAUAGCUACAAAAGAGGAUUUGCUCUCUUGGGUGGCAACAGCAUAAUAGACUAGAAUAAUUGUGUGUACUCCAUUCAUUACUUGUAUCAAACAUCAUGAGAAAUUUUCUUAAGAUUCUCAACCUUCUUUUUUUCUAUAAAUUUAAGGAGUUUGUUCUUAGUGGGAAUC